GCAUCACAACGCUACCGAUCCACGCGUUUGUGGAUAGCGGGUAUCGCGGACGAGUUUCUGCGACGCGGAGCGGAUCAAUUGCGGGUCAAAUCGCCCGCUUUCCUGGGUCGUAGAGAAAAUAUGAAACUGCCCCUCACUUAAGAACCGUUUGGAGGGACAUUUUCGUCAUUUUUCAAACCCUGUUUUUCUACUCCAAUUCCAUCGUACAGAAAGAGAAACGGCCGCUCUUCUCUCUUCUCCAAUUCCAUUCAUCCAUCGUACACAGAGAAGAGAACAACAACACAGCUCCAUCAUCCAAGUCAACAACAACAACACAGUUGCUCCUGCUCUGAUCUUCAUCAGUAACUAUGGGAAAGAUGUACAAGAAGAAACAAGCUCACGGACGUGGACCUCCAAGAGAACAAAACAAUAAGCAGGAAAAUGAAAUGGACAUCAGGAAGAUUAUGGAAGACGUCCAAAACUUCAGCAACUCGCAUAUGACAUGGAAAGAGCGCAAAAAGGUUGAAGAUAGGAAGGUUGUUUCCCUUGGUGGGAAGCCCCUCAAGAAUCAAAGAUUACCUUUAAGUGUGGCACGACCAAUGAUGAAGAAACAAAAACAGAGGGAGGAAAAAAUGCUCCAAGAGCGUAUGAUUCUAGGACGUUUUGGGGGAAAGGAUGGUGGUAGCAGCAGUAAAAAACCAGCUGGAAAACACAAACCAGAGGACAGAGGUUUGAAGUUAAGUGAAGGUCGAUUUAGAAAUGGCAUACUCGACGUGAAGCAUUUGUUGAAGUCAACACCCACAAGAGGUCAUGACACUGGAAAAAAUAUGUCCAAUACAGGAAAAAGAAAAGGAAGCAUCUGGAAACAUGAUAAAAAGGGUGGUGGUAAGAAGGAUCAAAUGUUUUAGAAAAUGACACGAGUCAUUUGUCAAUCCGUAUGAUCUUUAUAUAUCUGGCAUUAUCCUUCAACUUCUUUAUAGGUAGCUUGUCAAUUUUUCAAUCCAUUUAUCUUGUUCUAUUUUUGUUUGUAUACUAGUAUGAUCUUCUUUUUUUGACGUUUGGUGCCUGAACUUUGAAGGCACGAAAUAGAUGGGAUUUGUUAAUUUCUAUUACCUUUUUAUUAACACAAAUGAAAAUAGCUUCCAUAUUUUAUCAA